AUGUUUUCCGCUCUCAAGAAGCUGGUGGGGUCGGAGCAGGCUCCGGGCCGGGACAAGAACAUCCCCGCUGGGCUGCAGUCCAUGAACCAGGCGCUGCAGCGGCGCUUCGCCAAGGGGGUGCAGUACAACAUGAAGAUCGUAAUCCGUGGGGACAGGAACACGGGCAAGACGGCCCUGUGGCAUCGGCUGCAAGGGAAGAAGUUCCUGGAGGAAUACAUCCCCACGCAGGAGAUCCAGGUCACCAGCAUCCACUGGAACUAUAAGACCACAGAUGACAUCGUGAAGGUGGAAGUCUGGGACGUGGUCGACAAAGGAAAAUGCAAAAAACGAGGCGAUGGCUUGAAAAUGGAGAACGACCCUCAGGAGGCUGAGUCCGAGAUGGCCCUGGACGCCGAGUUCCUGGAUGUGUACAAGAACUGCAAUGGUGUGGUCAUGAUGUUUGACAUCACCAAGCAGUGGACCUUCAACUACAUCCUCCGCGAGCUGCCCAAGGUGCCGACCCACGUGCCCGUGUGUGUGCUGGGGAACUACCGCGACAUGGGCGAGCACCGCGUCAUCCUGCCUGACGACGUGCGUGACCUCAUCGACCGCCUGGACAGACCCCCGGGCGCCUCCUACUUCCGCUAUGCCGAAUCUUCCAUGAAGAACAGCUUUGGCCUCAAGUACCUGCACAAGUUCUUCAACAUCCCAUUUCUACAGCUGCAGAGGGAAACAUUGCUGCGGCAGCUGGAGACCAACCAACUGGACAUCGACGCCACGCUGGAGGAGCUAGUGGUGCAGCAGGAGACCGAGGACCAGAACUACGAGAUCUUCCUUGAGAUGAUGGAUGCCCGCAGCCGUGGUCACUCGUCCCCACUGGCCACCAACGGGCAGAGCCCAGCCUCUGGCUCCCAGUCACCUGUUGUACCCCCAGGCACUGUGUCUGCCGGGAGCUCCAGCCCUGGCACGCCUCAGCCCUCCCUGCUGCCCGUGGCUGCCCCCUCUGCCUGCCCCUCCCCAGCGCCUGGGGCACCAGGACCCCCAGCGGAGGCCCUGUUCCCCCAGGGCCCCCCCCGCCCCUGCCCUGCUCCGCCCCCACGCCGCAGCAUCAUCUCCCGGCUCUUUGGGACCUCGCCUGUGGCAGACCCAGCCCCCACACCUCCAGAGCCCAUUCCCGCUGCAGAGGUCCCAGCAAAGGUUCCAAACGUCGAGGACUUUGUUCCCGAGGACACCCUGGACCGCAGCUUCCUAGAGGACUCAGCCCCCCCGAAGGAGGAGAAGGCUGGGGGACCCCCACAAGACAGCGACAGUGAAGGAGAAGCCCAGGCUGGAAACCCGAUGGUGGCUGGUUUCCAGGACGACGUGGACGUAGAGGACAGGCCAUCCAACAGACCCCCAGUGGCUAAAGACCACCUCCCCAGUAAGCACAUCACUCUGUCCAGUGAGGAGGAAGUGGAGGAGCCAGGGGGGCUCCCCAGAGCCCCUGUCUUAGUUCCCCAGCUGUGCGUGGAGCCAGAGAUGAGAAGGUAUGUGGGUAAGAGCUCGAAGCCUCUGGCCGGACCAACUUCCACACAGGCCCAGGGACCACUGGGGCUGGAGACACAGGCUGCAGGCAGGCCUGCCCUCCCGGCGCCAGCAUCCAGGCCCACAGUCUCCACUGGAGGCCCCUCCCACAGAACUGAGGGAGUCAAGGCCGAGGGGGCAGCAUCCUCUGAGAGUGACCCUGAGGGGCCCAUCGCUGCCCAGAUGUUGUCCUUCGUCAUGGACGACCCCGAUUUUGAGAGCGAGGAGUCAGAUGGGCCAAAGAAAGCGGAUGAGUUCCCCAUCCGUGAGGACAUCUCUGACCUGACUGAUGAGGAUACCAUCCCACCUCAGGCACCCCGGGACCCUGCACCCUCCUUUAGACCCAAGAAUGACUCGGAUCUCUUCGGGCUGGGCCUUAGGGAGCCUGGCCCCAGGGACAGCAGUGAUGAAGAUAAGGAAAGCAAGCCUCCCUCCAGAGAGAAGAAGAAGAAGAAGAAGCGAAGCAAAGAAGAGGAGGACAAGACCAGGAAGAAGAGCAAGCACAAGAAGAGCAAGGACAGGGAGGAGGGGGGGAAGAGGAAGAAGGCUCCCCGCACCAAGAAGGAGCCCCCCAAUGAGCUGGAAGCGUUCCUGGGGGGCGGGGACCCCAGCAGCCAGCAUCACGGGGGCGGGGAUUAUGAGGAGCUCUAG